AAUGUUGGAGUAGAAAUUAAAAAAAACUUAAUUCAACUUCCUUUUACUCGUGGUCUCUCGACUUACAACGAGGUUAUAAAUUUGUGAUUCUUUAUUUGAAUCCACCAUGGCCGACGAAAGCUGGACCGAAGAUAACGUGGAGUCGGGCGGCAUGGCUGUUGACACGAUGGUUGCGUCUCAGCCCGCCGAUAUCCCCGAAAUCAAAUUGUUCGGAAGAUGGACCUGCUAUGAUGUCCAAGUGUCCGACAUGUCCUUACACGACCACAUCGCCGUGAAGGAAAAGUAUGCUAAAUAUUUACCUCACUCAGCUGGUAGGUACGCACACAAGCGCUUCAGGAAGGCGCAGUGCCCAAUCGUCGAGCGAUUGACCAACUCCCUGAUGAUGCACGGCCGCAACAACGGCAAGAAACUUAUGGCUGUUCGUAUUGUGAAACAUGCCUUUGAAAUUAUCCACCUCCUAACUGGUGAGAACCCCCUGCAAGUUCUCGUGACGGCUAUCAUCAACUCCGGACCCCGCGAGGACUCCACUAGGAUCGGUCGUGCCGGUACCGUCCGUCGUCAGGCCGUGGAUGUGUCACCUCUGCGUAGGGUGAACCAGGCUAUCUGGUUAUUGUGCACCGGUGCCCGUGAGGCCGCUUUCAGAAACAUCAAGACGAUCGCCGAGUGCGUUGCCGAUGAGCUCAUCAAUGCAGCCAAGGGAUCCUCAAACUCAUAUGCCAUCAAAAAGAAGGACGAGUUGGAAAGAGUCGCCAAGUCCAACCGUUAAUCAUUUACUGAAUAUAACACAUUACUUAAAGUAA